CCUGCCGCCGAGCGGAAACGCCUCCCGCCUCCCGCUUGCAAAACAAAGAGAAGCGGGAGGCGUGCGCGGCGCUCGAGGUGAGCUCUCCACGGGGCAGCCCCGCGGGUCCCGGUGCCGCCCGCCUCCUUGGGUGAUGAUGGAGGAGAGCCCCGGGAGCGGCCCGCGCUGGGGGUCCAAUGGCCACCGGGCGCCUCAGGCCCUGGAGGAGCUGCAGAGCCGCUUGCUGGAGAUCCUGGCCGUGCUGACCCCCCGGGAGCUGCGCAACUUCCGCGACCUCCUCAAGACCGUGGACGAGCUGCCGCGCGUGAGCCAGCUGCAGCUGGAGCUGGAGGGCGGCACCGCGUCGGGGCUGGCGCAUCUCGUGGCCAAGCACUACUACCUGCCCGCCGCGCCCCGCGUCGUCGCCCAGGUGCUGGGGCGGCUGCGCCGCGCCGACCUGCUGCACCGCUGGCUGAGCGACCCUGCAGCCGAGCGCGCCGAGAUUCCAAGAAAGAUUCAAAAGAGAAGCUAUGAGUGCAUGGAUGGCGAACUGGACUGCUAUGACCUGAGCGGUGGGCGGAAAGCUUUCCUCAUGUGUGUGAAGAAAAACAGGCCUGGGGCUCAGCAGGACAUCAACCUGAUGAAGGAGUGGCUUGGCCAGUGCCAGUUCGAACAGACAUCCUGCAUUGAUCCUGAUAAAAGGGAGUUACUUGGACAAAUAACAUCAUUUCGUGAUGGUCUAAAUGAAAAUAAAGGUGAAAUUGGCUGUUGCCUUGUUACUCUUAUGUCCCAUGGAGAAAAAGGCUUUAUUAAAAUGAAAGAUGGUGAAAAAGUCAGUUUGGAAGACAUUUUUGAGAUGUUUAACAAUAAAAAUUGUCCGGCACUUCAAGAGAAACCAAAAAUCUUUAUAAUCCAGGCAUGCAGAGGAGACAAAAGAGAUAGUGGUGUGGAAACGGAUGAUGAGCCCUUAGACACUGAUGACAUAUCUGAGAAGGGGAGGCUGCCUACGUUCAGCGACUAUUUUAUCAUCUAUCCCACCCAGCCAGAUCAUGUGGCUUUACGGCACCCCAGCACUGGGUCUGUGAUGAUUGAAGCAAUGACUGAAGUUUAUAAGAAGUAUGGAAAUAAGUGGCACAUUGCUGACUUUUUCACAAGAGUGAAUAACAGAGUGGUGCACACUGUGUAUCAUCUACAUGAGAAGCCAGUAAAAGUAUCACUUGUCAUGGAAUCAACUUUAACUAAAUCUGUGUACUUCUGAUACCCGGAAGGUUGAAAAAUAUGGGCUGCUUUAUAAUAGACUUUGUGAAGCUGGAAGAUGGAGCUGAUAGAGAUGGUUUUGUAUUAUUUCUGUCACUAGUUGUGUUUUUCCAAUUUGUUUUGGGAGUGUAUAUAUAUAUAUACAUAGUCAUUUUUCUAAGAUUUAUAAUGUCUACUUGAUACUUAUAACUAAUUUGACUUCUUUUGAAAGAUGAUUUUUUUCUGAAAAUUGUUCUUCCUGAACCAUUAACAGAACACAGACAGCGCCACUUGCACACAUGUUUAUCCUGUACUUUUCUUGAUUAUACCCCACCGUCUCCCACUCUGUUUGGUACUGGUGUUAAGCCUUAUUUUGUUGGCUUAGUAUUCAAGAACUGUCUUGACAAUGAUCUUUUCCUGUUUCACCACUGCAGCCAGACUGAUCUUCUUUUUGACUGUGUAAGCCACCCCAGAGUCUUACCUGAGUUUCUGUGCUUGUACUUACACCCUUGAUGCCUUAUGUUUUCACCUUCCUCCCAUUUCCCAGCUUCCUCCUUACCAUUCCAGUACCUUUGAGCCACUGGCUUCUGUGCUGGAAACUAUGUUCCAUCCCUUAUGAGUAAGACCUUUCUGUCCUUCAGAGUUCCAUUCAAUUGACAUUUGCACAGAAAAGCUUUCCAUAUCCUCUUGCUAGUGUUCAGAGACCCUAUGCAUUUUAAUUGGUAGCAUUUAGCACUACUGUACUUAAAUGACUGUAUAGAGACUGUUUAAUCUCUCUCUCUCCAGUUCAAGUGUAAGCUCCAAGAGGCAGAGGCCACAUGUCUUGUUCACUGCUGUAGUCCAGCUCCCAUCUGUGUCUUCAGACACAGAGAAACCUUGUGAUGAAUGUUCAGCAAGUGAUCCUGUCUUUUCAUUAUUUUAUCCAUUCCUCAGACCUCUGUAUAUAUCUAGACACCUGCUAAUCAUUCCUACCUUCUUGGAUGUCCCACGUACACUUUAACUCAAUAAGUUGCAAGUUAACCUGAGUUUCCCCUAAAUCUUUUCAUAAAAUCCAUCCCAUGGUUAAUAAUCCUUUAUUAUGAGUUCCCACUGCCUACAGAAUAUACCCACAUUCUCUUUUUGGAGAAUAGUCCAAAUUCUUGCCAGGCAUUCACCUAUACUACCUGCAUAACUGCCUCUUUAUCCUGGGUCUUGGCCACAUCAGAUGAUGUCCCUUCCUUCAAGAAUCACCUCCUAGAAUCAGGCAGUGGAUCAGUGAAUGUUGAAAGAAUGUGGCUGUGGUACAUUGUUCACUCUGUCCUUUCUGCCUGAAGCACCCUUUGUUCUUACCCUGUGCUUCCUCUAUGCCACACACUCUUCAGGGUGCAGCUUGGGUCCCAUCCCACAAGGAAGACACCCUGUAUGCAAACCACCGAUUUUAGAGGAAUCAACUGUGGACAGAUUGUGAAUUUUAAUUCUAAUUGUGUUCUAAUUUUUCUGUGUAACUUUGCCUGUGUAAUUCUUUUUUUUUUUUUUUUUUUUUUUUUUUUGCCUGUGUAAUUCUAACCUAUGUUUCCCACCUGUAUAAAAGGAGCUUUGGCUCUGCUGACUGUCAGAACUCAUCCUGCUGGACUUCAGUGAACAUUGACUUCCUAGUGAAUUUGCUUAUGAGCAUCCUAUAGAUGUGGCUGUUCCUGAACCAAUGGGUUCAAGCUGGCAGUUGCAUAAGGCUACUGGGCCUGUGUGAAAAUGCAGGUGUUUGGUGAGAAUGCUGUAAAGAUUGAGGCCACAUUGACUGAAGCAGCCUUCUGUCUCUAGGCCUGUCUUCAUAUCAGGGAUAAUUGUGUCCUUUUUGUGACAUCUUAAAAUAUAUGUGAUUUAAUUUUUAAAUCUUUGAGUUCUGAUACCUGAUAUGUAAGGUUUUUUAUUAUUAAAAUAUCUGCUUGUUUAAUAAAAUAUACAUGAGCCUUUUCUGUUCAUUU